UUUUGUGAAACAAAAUUUAGGGUCAGCUCACAGUUUGUUCUUAUUGGACCCAAUCAUGUGGGUCAACGCGUUGACUGACGGGUGCUCCGUCCAAUCACAGUGUGGAACGGAGCCCUCUUCCUGUAGGUAGGCGUUUGCUACCUGUGUGAAUGGGCGAAUUCGACAGGGGGAGUUUGCAGGGUGAAGGGAAACUGUAUUUUUUUUUUUAACAGGAGUUAAAACAAACAUGUUUUCAGUAGAGUUCGUUGGCUAAAGGGCAAUGACGAUUUUGAAUUAUUUCUCUUCCACGUCUCUCGCCGAACGGAGCCGAAAACACGGACGUCCCCAUCUCCGCUUUCAGCCUGGAAGAAGACGAGAGAGAGAGAGAGCACAAUGAUUAAGAGCUAGUAGCUGUCGCUCGUGGAUCCGGAGAGACUGGGGGGAAAACGGGUCUUGUGAGCCCAGCGACGGAAGGGGAAGAAGUGGCUAUGGUCGGCGCUAGAAGAGCAGCGCAGCCAAGCAAAAAAUUGGCAGGCAAAGCGUCAUAUUUCCGGAAAGGGACAUGCUGCAAGCUUUCUCCUCCUAGUAGGAGCUUAACGAGGCCCAAGUGGUAGAGCGUCGUUCGUUGUUGUCCUUGGCAGAGGCUGCUGUCGCCCACUGAAUGGAGCCCCAGAAGCCAUAGGGCGCACGGGCUACGGGGGGCACGGGGGGCCCUGAACUCUGCACCCGCGACCGGCCCGCUGCCUGCAUCCACUGGUGAGCUGCCGCAACCCUCCGGACAAAGUCAGAAAGAUCAUGGGCUCUCAGGCACUUCAGAUACUGCGGCAGGGUGUGUGGGCUUCGCUCACUGGGGGGUGGUACGUAGACCCCCAUCAGAGCACCUUUUCGAACUGCUUUCACCUCUACCUCUGGAUAUUCCUGCUGGUGUUCCCAUUCCUCCUGUACAUGGCACUGCCAUCCAGUAUAGUUGUGGCAGUGGUCUAUUGCAUAGUUGUGGCUGCCUUCUUCACAGCCAUCAAAGUGGUGAACUUCCGGCUGCAUGCCAUGUUUGACUUGGGGGAAAUAGUGGAGAAGAGGCAGGCCUCCUUCACCACUGAUGCUCUGAGGGUGGAAGAGGUGGACGAUGGCUCUGGGGCACAUGAGCGAAACCAGCACAGGGACAGCAGUGGAGGUGUGGAGAUGACGGUUUUCCGGAAAGUCAACUCGACCCCCCCUGUCCGCUGCAGUUCCCAGCACUCCCUGUUUGGUCUGAACCAAGUGUCUGAGUUUUUGCCUCAACUUGAUGACACAGGAGGCUCCAAAGACAUCAAGGAGGUGAUGAGAGAGCAGGGCAGCCACAAUGUGAUUUUGACAUCAGCAGACAGAGACAUUCUCCGGCACUGCUCCCAAGACACCAUCCGGGGCAGCAGUGUGGUCCAGUCCUGCUUGGCUGCUGCUCUGGCUGGGGACUUCCCUAGCCUGAUGGGGGCUGGCACCAUGAUGACAGGAGGGUUUGGGGCCACAGGACCAGGGGUAUGCCCGUCCAUCCCCCCAUCACCUUCUAGCCAGGGUGAAGGAGAAGACAAGGAGCAUGCAGUGGAGGAUGUUGAACAGGAAACAACCAACCAACUGUCCAAGAGGAGCCCUGAGGAAGAAGUGAUGGGGGACUAUUCACCUCUUGCUCCUUCAGGGGAGUCAGAGAGCCUGGGUGAUGCACCUCUCAGCCCCCUCAUCAAGAGCAGCUUGAGUGAGGAACUAAGUGAGAACCUCUUGGGGCUUGGCCUUGACCCUGGCGCCUUUGCACCUGGCACAGAUCACCCACCACGGGCUAUUGCUGCCGGCUCUACGGACAGUUGCUUCAGUGGUGGGGGUGCUACCACUGACAGGGAGACCCUGAGCACAGUGAGCAGCUACCGCAGUGAGAAGACAGACUCCACUCAGUUGGAAAGCCCCUCAUUGAGCUUGAGCCGCUCUGCCCCAUUAGGAGUGGCCUCCACGGUGGCCAGCUCAGCCCCCAAUCCAGGUUCAGGUACUGCAGGAACCUCAGAAUGCUUGGGGCUGCCAGAAGGCAGUGACACAGAUGACCUCUCUGACAGUGAGCUGCUGCGAUCCCCCUCCAAAGAGCCAUCGCUGGGGCAGGGCCUCGACCGGACACUCGUGGAAGGGGAGGACUUACCCUGCCUACCCCAGGACACAGAAAUGGCACAGCCCCUGGCCCUCCAGGACUCCUCCCCCUCAAGCAGUGGGCAUUCUGAAGCCUGUGACCUGGACCGUGGGGUCUCUCUCCCCCCCCUGCCCCCACCCCGGCAAGCUAGCUCUGUGCCGACAGGGCUAGCACUUGGCCUUGGUUGUUCAGAGCCUGCUUUGCCUGUUACCCCCCGACCCUUCCUGCUGUCCGACCAGCCAUCGCUACAGUCACAGCAAGUGGUGCGGCCCAAAGACCUGAAGCUACUGCGGGCAGGUGUUGGGGGCAGCAUUGGAAACAGGCCCAGCCGGCGGAAAACCCCCCGGAAGCGAGGGGGUGCUGGCAGUAGCAGCUUCGACUCCGGCUCAUACCGGCGUCACCACAAUCACGGGCAGCAUAGAGACUACAUCCCAGUCCGUAGCCGACUAGGUGCCAAGGCAUACAGCGAGAGCCUGUUUGAGGACUCCAGCGAUGAGGAUGAAGGUAGCGAAGGCAGUGACAUGAGUGCUGGCUCCAGCCUAGGUUCCCAGCACCACUACAGCUCAGAUGAUGACGACUCGAGCUCUUCCACCUCCUGUUACUCCCCUGACUCAACCAAUGCUGGCAUUCAACCCUUGCCUCCUUUGUGCAGUCAGUUGCCCAGUCCAAAGGAAGGGGGAGAGCCUGAUACUGCAGGUCCCUCCCACUGCAGAGGGGCCCAGAGGUCAGCAAGCACAGCAAGCGCUAAGACACACGCCAGAGUCCUCAGUAUGGAUGGGGCUGGGGGGAAUCACACCAGUCCCGGAGAACUGUCUUCUGUUCCCCUGCCUCUGCCACCAUCUGCCAUCCCUGCUCCGCGUCCUCUUACUGUCUCCAAGUCAGACCUGGAAGCAAGGACAAUACAUGCAGAAAAUUUGCCUGGUACCCAUCAUCAUCAUCAUCAUCUCGAGUCUCUGGGAGGCUCCUGGGCUGGUAAUCAGACGGGCUGGCGGGCGGGAGAGUUGGUGGAGGAGGGAGCUGUAGGAGGAGCCUUGGCCUCUGAGGAGGGUAGUAAGAGGGACUCUGUGAGCAGCGUGAAGAGGACACAAGCCAUCCGCCGGAGGCACAAUGCAGGGAGUAACCCCACACCGCCUCCCUCUGCCAUGGGAUCUCCCCCUAGCCUACAGGAUCUCCAGCGCGUGCGGACCUCCUCCCACUCACGUGCUCUCACCCUGCCCUCAGCCCUGCAGUUUGCCUCAUCCCUCCUCCUGCCCCGGGGAGGUGUGCAUGAAGCAUCCACUUUUGAUGACACCUCAGAGGGGGCAGUGCACUACUUUUAUGAUGAGAGUGGAGUGAAGAGAUCUUACACUUUUGGACCAGCAGGAGGAGGCUAUGAAGAUCCUGUACAAGAGCGGGAGAGACAGUCCCAGUCCUCCAGCUUCACCUCCACAGAGGUCCAGGAAGGGGCGCCAGUACUGUCCAUGCUGCAGCCCAGACCUGUUGUCCUGCAGGGGAUGCAGGUGCGCAGGGUACCGCUGGAGAUACCAGAGUUUGACCUGGACCACGAAUCCCUUCACGAGUCUCAGGAGAACACACUGAUGAUUGAGGAGAAGGCAAAGCCCAAGCAGUACUACCGUUUCUGGGUGCUGCCAGGAAAAUGGCUUCGCGUGCGCUAUGACCGCCUGGCCCUCCUUGCCUUAUUAGACAGAAACCGACGCGUGGUGGAGAAUGUGUUUGCAGUGCUGCUGGCCAGCCUGGUAGCUUUCUUGGGUUUUCUGCUACUGCUUCAGGGUUUCUUCAGGGACAUUUGGGUCUUCCAGUUCUGUUUGGUCAUCGCCAGCUGCCAGUAUUCCUUACUGAAGAGUGUACAGCCUGAUGCUGCCUCCCCUAUGCAUGGGCACAACUGGAUUAUUGUUUACAGCCGUCCAGUUUACUUCUGUUUCUGCUGUGUGCUCAUCUGGCUCUUUGACCUGGGGGGCAAAUCCAUUCGCCUGCAGCCCUUCACCCUAUACAGCAUAACCUUCUUCUCGGCACCCUUUCUUCUCUGCGCAAGGGAUGUUCUCAUAGUGUUCAUCCUCUGCUUCCCUGUCAUAUUCCUCUUUGGGCUCCUACCUCAGGUGAACACUUUUCUGAUGUGUCUGCUGGAGCAGGUGGACAUGCAUAUCUUUGGAGGAACAGCCACCACCAGUCCUCUGUCAUCCGUCUACAGCCUGACACGCAGUGUCUUUCUGGCUGCACUGCUCUAUGGAUUCUGUCUGGGUGCUAUCAGUGCCCCCUGGGACGAGCUCCACGUGCCAGUUCUGUUCUCUGUGUUCUGCGGACUGCUCCUUGCCUUGUCCUACCACCUGAGUCGCCAGAGCAGCGACCCCACUGUCCUUUGGUCGCUUGUUCGCUCGAGAUUCUUCCCAGAGCUAGAAAGUCGAAACCCAGAGGAGCCCCCACUGGAGAUAAAGGACCCGCUGCCUGAAAAACUACGAAACUCUGUGAAGGAAACCCUUCAUUCGGAUCUGGUCAUGUGUCCUCUCAUGGCCAUCAUCACAUUUGCCAUUAGUGCCAGCACAGUGUUCAUAGCACUGCAGCCUGCUCUCAGUUUUGUCCUCUACGUGGUAGCUGGAGUUAUCGGCUUCCUCACCCACUACCUGCUUCCUCAGCUCCGCAAGCAACUGCCUUGGUUUUGCUUGGCCCAUCCCAUUCUGCGAUCACGCGAGUAUAGCCAGUUUGAGGUCCGUGAUGCAGCCCAGCUGAUGUGGUUUGAGAAACUGUAUGCCUGGCUACAAUGCGUGGAGAAGUAUUUCAUCUAUCCUGCAGUUGUGCUCAACUCCCUGACCACGGAGGCCCAGGCAGUCAGCUCCAAACCCGACAAGCUUGGCGUAUACUGCCAUGCUCUGUUCAUAUCACUGGCAGGGAUGAAGCUACUUCGCUCAUCUUUCUGCACACCAUCCCAGCAGUACGUCACACUGUGUUUCACCGUACUCUUCUUCCACUUUGACUACCCGGCUUUCUCCGAGACCUUCUUGCUGGACUACUACUUCAUGUCCAUCCUCUUCAGCAAGCUGUGGGACCUCCUGUACAAAUUGCGCUUUGUGCUGACCUACAUUGCACCUUGGCAGAUCACCUGGGGAUCGGCAUUUCAUGCCUUCGCACAACCGUUCGCCGUGCCUCACUCUGCUAUGCUCUUUAUUCAGGCUUUAUUCUCUGCCCUCUUCUCCACACCCCUCAACCCCGUGCUGGGCAGCGCAGUGUUUGUAACCUCCUACACACGACCUGUCAAGUUCUGGGAGCGUGACUACAACACUAAACGAGUGGAUCACUCAAACACUCGACUGGCUACGCAGCUGGAUCGCAAUCCAGGUGCGGAUGACAACAACUUGAACUCCAUUUUUUAUGAACAUCUCACCCGGUCCCUUCAACACAGCCUGUGUGGGGACCUGCUCCUCGGCCGCUGGGGUAACUACAGCACAGGCGACUGCUUCAUCCUGGCCUCUGACUACCUCAAUGCUCUGGUGCACAUCAUUGAGAUUGGCAACGGCUUGGUCACCUUUCAGCUGCGGGGCCUAGAAUUCAGGGGAACAUACUGCCAGCAGCGGGAGGUGGAAGCUAUCACGGAGGGUGUGGAGGAAGAUGAGGGUUGCUGCUGCUGUGAGCCGGGGCAUCUGCCUCAUAUGCUAUCCUUCAAUGCUGCCUUUGGACAGCGCUGGUUGGCCUGGGAGGUGGCUGCAACCAAGUAUGUGCUGGAGGGCUACAGCAUCAGUGACAACAACGCUGCCUCUAUGCUUCAGGUCUUUGACCUGCGAAAGAUCCUCAUCACCUAUUAUGUAAAGAGCAUAAUCUACUAUGUGAGUCGCUCACCAAAGCUGGAGGAGUGGCUGGCUAAUGAAACAGUGCAGGAUGCGCUCCGUCCCUGCCAAGCCCCAACCUAUGUGGAUAGUGACCCCACCUUCAACCUCAACAUUGAUGAGGACUAUGACCAUCGGGCAGCUGGCAUCACCCCCACUGCCUUUUGCUCAGUUUAUCUGGACUGGAUCCAGUACUGCAACAGUCGUCGGCAAGCGCCUGUGGACUGUGAGAGAGAUUCUUCGCUUGUGAGCCUGUGUUUUGGGUUGUGCAUUCUGGGACGCAGGGCUCUGGGGACAGCCUCCCACAGUAUGUCAGCAAGCCUGGAGCCCUUUCUCUAUGGCUUGCACGCUCUGUUCAAGGGUGACUUCCGCAUCACGUCGCCGAGAGACGAGUGGGUGUUUGCAGACAUGGAGCUCCUCAACAGGGUUGUGGCCCCUGGUGUCCGUAUGUCUCUAAAGCUGCACCAGGAUCACUUCACAUCGCCUGAUGAGUAUGAGGACCCAGCGGUGCUAUAUGAUGCUAUUACAGCCAACGAGGAGAAAAUGCUGAUCUCGCAUGAGGGUGACCCAGUGUGGCGCAGUGCUAUCCUGGCCAACAUGUCCUCGCUUCUGGCACUGCGGCACGUCAUGGAUGAUGGCAGCGAUGAGUAUAAGAUCAUCAUGCUCAACAAGAGAUUCCUGAGCUUCAGGGUCAUAAAGGUCAACAGGGAGUGUGUGCGUGGACUCUGGGCGGGGCAGCAGCAGGAGCUGGUUUUCUUGCGGAAUCGCAACCCUGAGCGAGGCAGCAUACAGAACGCCAAACAGGCGCUGCGCAACAUGAUAAACUCGUCCUGUGACCAGCCCAUUGGCUACCCCAUCUACGUGUCCCCUCUCACCACCUCCUACGCUGGAGGCCAUACGCAGCUGCGCUCUGUCUGGGGUGGGCCUGUCAGCCCCCACAACAUCUACACAUGGUUCAUCAGCAGCUGGGACAGGUUACAGAAAGGUUGUGGAGCUGGUUGCAACAGUGGGGGCAACAUUGAGGACUCUGACUGCGGAGGAGGCUCUUCUUCCAUCACCAAUAACCCUGUGGCACACCCUCCCCAGAGUGCCCCCACUCAGGGCAUCACCCCUUCGACCCUUCCCCAGUCACACCUCACCACCAUCCAGCCACCCAUGGGGAGCGACAACCCUUUGGGGCCAGCAUGGCCUCACCACCCUCAGCCACUCCCUCUCGCGUUGCUCAGCCAGUCAGAGGGGAGGCGAGAGGUGAGCUUGGUGACGUCCCUCCAGCGAACCUCAUCCAUCCAGGGACUGCUGGGACAGCACUUGUCCAGCUCUCAGCUGUCUUUCAGCGGCACGGUCGCCAUGCCUACCACAGAGCGCUACUGCGGCAGCAGCGUGCAGGACUGUCCCGGGCCCUCGUAUCCACAGCGAGGGACCCAGAGGUCCGUCCUGAGCCUGGGCCUCGGCAGUGCUGGAGGUCUGCCUUACGAGGGGGUUUAUGGGAAAUGGAGCCUGUCAGGGAGAAAGGGCUUCAAUGGGCCUGCCGUUGCAGAAGGGGAAGGAGGAGCAUCACAGCCAGUACGGACACAGCCUGUUCCUCCUAUCCCUCCUCCUGAUGUCAAUCCUGGCCUGGAGCUCAUGGGGACAGCUUUGCCAAGCGAGGCCACACCCCUAACAACCGGGGAGCCCCCUGCACCCCAGGAGGACUCCACAGAGCUGCCUUUAUUGGAGCACUUACGCUGAGUGCACUCGGAGACCAGACCUGCAGCCAAAGCACACUGUCUGGCCAGCCAAGACCCAACGAGACCAGAGCAGGCCUGGUUUCCAACCUUGCUUCCCAAAGUCAUUCCAGUUGUCUUCAGGUUCCAAGGAACCAAGGAGAACCGGAAGUGCAGUGAAAAAGAAAAAUCCGAGGCUUGUGCGUCAAACCUUGUUCACACCCUGCAAUAUUGGAAGCACAAAUACCUUCCUCUUGUUCGGUUGGGGGAGCCGGCUGCUCGGGGACACGUGGAGUUUUCCUCUCCAGCCGUUCAGUCGUACAGAAGUGUUGAUUCUGGUUGCCACUCUGGGCUGAUGUGAGGAACAGAGUGUUCAGUCAGUGGAGGUUUGGAUCUGCAGAACGUGUUUGCUUAACCGAAAAGCUUCCAAAGCUUCUGUAUUCAGCUUUUUGCCUCAGAUUAGGAAAUAUCUGCAAAGGGGUCAGUUUGAGUGGAAUUUUUUUUUUUUUUUUUUUUUUGCAAGAUGGGGUGUGCUGAAUCCUCAAUAUUCUUUCCAUUAUUUAUGCUUUUCCCUGUUGGCCACACCUACCAGCAGCAAUGCAAAAAAGGGAAUUAAUAUCCUCUAAAGCCUGGUUUCCAGCUCAGGGUAGAACGAUUCCCAGCAGCUGACUGAAUUGCAGCCUGUUUCUGCUUCCUCCCAGGUCUCCGUGCUUCAUGACAGUGCAGGGAAUUGAAGAAAGGACUACGGCAUCAUUGGCACCUCUGACCAGUUUGCGGGUGGUAGUUUACCGGUAUAGAAAAUGAUCCCAGAGAUGGCAGCUGCUGCAAUAAUGAGAGGCGAGCAGUGGAAUCGCUGGGCAUUUGUGGUGUUGAGACUAUUCCAAAUUGUACUGUAGAGUCGCAAGAGAUGCUGGCUUUUCUCACAUAUUAUUCUUUCCACACAUUCCAAAGUAACUGUAAGCCCAGUCAUUCAGUUUUUUUUUUUUUUUUAAAAAAUUAGCUAUAUAUAUUCACAAAAGGUCAUUAUUUUCCCUUGUCAAGCUCAGGGCUUGUACAUUUCCUUCAUUCUCUCCGUGUCACACACACGCACUUGUUGCUUUACUCAUCUCAAUUUUCUCCAUUUAUGGAGUCCUCAGAACACACAGUAUAUGGUGGGUGGGAGGGAUGAGGACCACCCAUGAAAAAGGGCACACUGACAGGUCCAAGGCAUUGCAUCGAAGCAAAUAUGCAGUACUUGUAGAAGUUACUGGAACUGUCACCACAAGAUAUUACAGUAGCAUUUAAUUUUUUCCUAAGGUGGAAAUGUUUUUUUUACUUGACUACAACAAACAUAUUGGUUUCCAGGCCCAACUGAGGAACCUUCCUUUCCUCAGCUUGUUAUACCAAUCGGCUCUGGACUGUGCAUUAGUGGGCAGGACCCAGACCAGACCUUGUUCCUGGUGACUCUAGAGUGCAAUAGCUGCCCCAAAUUUUUUUGUUUGUUUGGUGCGCUCUGGAAAAGCAAAUGCCUACUUUAUGGCUAUUACUAAUACUACUACAAGGUCUUCAACUACUAACUACUACUGUUUCAAGUACUUUUAGCUCCAGCGUUCUAGUUGGAAGCAUAUUAAUAACUUGGAAAAAUUGCAUAUUUUGUGGAUAAUGUCUCAUGGGAGCACAAAGUAAGGGUUGGUCUAUGUGUGAAAUUAAUGCUUAGAAUUGGAGAAAAGGAAGGUGGGUAGUUUGCUACUCUUUCCUGAUGUCGUUAGGGUUUUACAAUUAGAAACUCUCUAGGAGACAAAUGUGGCAAUAUUUAAAAUUGAUUUUUUUGUUCACAAGUGUCAAUACAAAAAUUGCCAUCGAUUGCUCUUUGGUCAGUGUAACUGGAAGUACAUCUGAAGUAAGCUCAGUUUUGUUUCAUGUUCCAUUGAGCGUUAAUCUACUACCCUUUUCCUUCUACUUUCCUGCACACUAACUACAUAUCUGAAAUUUGGCCAAAAGAGUGGAGUUACCUUGUUGCUGUUUUGAGAUCAUAAUGAAAUGUCUUAUUUGGUGACCCUUGGCUGCUCAACGGGCCACAGUGGGCACACAGGUAAGGAGCACAACGCACUGUAGCUUAACACCUGUGUUGCAGGAGUGAUGGCCUGUAGUGUUAUGAGCGCAGGUGUACUUGUAAACUGUACUGAGAAUGUGGAAAUUGAAUGGAACGCACAUGGAAUAUACAGCAGCUCGGAGGAAGUGAAGGAGUGGAUCAUACUUAGUUGGUAAGACGUUAAUGUUGGUAAACAGUUCUAGUCUAGUAGUUGAGGCAGACUUGCUCUAAGUAGCUGGAUAUGCAAACUAAAUAAUGUACUAGUUACUUCUGUCAGUCCCAGGGGGUUUGUGGCUUCGGUUAUUUGGUAUUAUGUGGUCAGCGAGCCGGUGCACUGCUGCCCUCACUGCACCUGGAAAGAAUUAUGGCAGAAUAACAGUAUACAUUCUGAUUUAAGGUGUCCACUAUGAGUAAGUGCAGUGGGGAUGGUGGGAGGGGUCUGCUGAUUCUGCUUCCUGCAGUUUGAUGGUCCUGUAGCAGCUCAUUGUGCUGUGGCAUUGGUCCAUGGAAACAAUUCCAUCUUAAUAUUGCCCAGUGCACCUCAGGUCUUAUGGGUAGAGCUGUAAAUUAAAAAGGACACACCCUUUACAAAUGUACUGUGUGCGCACGCAGAAAUACACUCCCCUUCGCUAAUCCCUUGGGUUAAGCAGGGUCCCUUCUUCAGUGUUCCUGCUCCUCCCACCCCACCCUCAACUAUCCCCGCAACCUUUUUCCUCAGAGUCAAGAUACGUUCCCUUUUCUGUGUACUUCCCUAAAUGACAGGCAUAGUUUACCCACUGGGAGAUAGGAGGCACAAGUUACUGGAUAGAUCUGGGUAUCAUUUAAAGGGAUUAAUUUGCCAUUUAUGUACAGCAUGUAACUGUAAAUAUAUAAAUAUAUUUUAUUAACUUGAUGGCUGUUUUCCAAGGAAGACACUACUGCGGUUUGGGUCAUGCACUGUGUGUUUCACCUUAGCUAAAGUAGAGUAAUCUGAUAUGUCUAUAUGGAAGAGCACUCUAACAUUUAAUCAUGCAGACUGGGACUAAUAACUACUGCUUUUGCACAAAACUUGUAAAAAGUACACAUCCCAUUUUUAUGUUAUUUGGGGGUAUUUUUUAUUUAAAUAAUUGUAAUGCAAUAUAAAGUUCUGUACAGUUUUUUAUGUGAAUUCUCCCCUAUUUAAAUUAAAGCUUUUUGUGUUAUCAUUUGCAGAGUGUGGGUCACUUUCCUUACUGGGUACCUUUGCAUGGGUGCCAGCUUGCAAACACAAAAUGAACAGUAUAUUGAGAGAGAGAAUCUUUUACUUUAUAAAGCCAAGCUAGAAUGCUGAGGAGGUUUACUCAUGUACAGGUCCUGUGGCUACUAGUGAAGCUACAGAGUCCCCUCCAGCACCACAACACAAGUUAUACAGAGAAGCAGCACAGGAGUAUCAGUUUACUCUUGUUCACACUACUUUCUUAAAAGUAGAACUGUUGUACAGAUGGUGUUCCAGCUCUUUACUGUAGUUUCACUGCAAUUAGUAGAAUCAUUUUGAUAUUUAUGUAUUGCUUCAAUAGCUACUUUUGUGUGUAGCACAAAUUUCACUUUGACAGGG